UCUACAUGCCGUGCUUGGGUCCAGAGCAAAACGCCGCUUGCCCUCCUGACAGCAGCAGAGGUACCCAAUACUUGCGGGCUGGCCUGAAUCGGGGGACGGCGUGGAAGUACCUUCUGUGCGUAUCAUUGACCUCUAACUUUCCCAUCUAUGCUUUCUUUUCCUGCCCAUCUGGCCAGAGAGGGCAGAUCCGCCGGCCAGCAUGCAGUUUGGGUACCUACCUAUCCAUCUUUUGCCCCAGAAUAGUUGAGCUCCGCGUUCCAGCAAGCUGAGGCCUAGUUUUCGCGCCUCCGCUUCUCCGCCCCUUGCUGUGCGCAAGUGAACGAAGGCCCAGCCACGAGACAUAAAACCCUAGACACCCGCGCAGCGUUUGAGAUAUCACCCCUCGGUCCUCGCGCGAGGAGCAACCUACCCGCCACCCUACCGGCUCGAGGCAGACAAGCAAACCACCCGGAACACCCUCGCGCACGCCACUGUCCUUGGCCUCGACACGACAGGGCAAACCGGUCAUCUUGGCCCUGAAGCCUCCUGCAGCUUGGCACAGCACCCUUCGCUUGCGCCUGGAGUUCUUGUCCACACUAGGAGCCCAGGACAAAGGAGAGCUCUGCUUGGCAUGGCGCACGGCCGCAUCGCCGCCCGCCUCGUCGGGAUCGACACCAACUUGUACAGCAAGGAGAGGCGUGCUGCCAUCCCCCGCGAUCACAUUGGCGUCUCCCGCUACGUCGAGACGGAGCCCACCGCCAAGGAUGCGCUGCUGCGGCUCGUGCCGACGAGGCAGGAUGUCAGCUCCUACGUGCGCUCUCUGUUCCCCUUUAUCGACUGGAUCUUCCAUUACAACCUGACAUGGCUGGUCGGGGAUUUGAUUGCGGGAAUUACCGUGGGCUUCGUGGUUGUGCCACAAGGCAUGGCCUACGCCGGCCUGGCGCAGCUGCCGCCCGAGUUUGGGCUUUACACCUCAUUCGUCGGUUUCCUCCUCUACUGGGCAUUCGCCACAAGCAAGGACAUAACGAUCGGUACGGUGGCCGUCAUGUCCACCAUUGUGGGAAACAUCGUGAUCCGAAUCCACAAGGAAGACCCGGACCUCCCUGCCGAGCAGAUCGCCCGCUGCCUGGCCCUCCUUUCGGGUGUGGUGCUGCUUGGCCUGGGUCUGCUCCGUCUUGGCUUUAUCGUCGAGUUCAUCUCCCUCACGGCCAUUGCGUCCUUCAUGACGGGCGCUGCAAUCAGCAUAGCCUGCGGACAGGUUCCAACCAUGAUGGGUCUCAGCGGCGUCAACACCCGCGACGCAACCUAUAUGGUCAUCGUCAACACCCUCAGGGCUCUGCCACAGACCAAACUGGAUGCGGCCAUGGGGCUCUCGGCCCUCGCAAUGCUUUACCUGAUUCGCGGCUUUUGCGCUUUCAUGGCCAAACGACAGCCGAGGAAGCAGAAGAUGUGGUUCUUUAUUGCUACCCUCCGCAUGGCAUUCGUCAUCCUGCUGUACAUCCUGAUUAGUUUUCUGGUCAACCGCAACGUCACCGAUGCCAAAAAGGCAAAGUUCAAGAUUCUCGGACCGGUCCCUGGUGGAUUCCAGCAUACCGGAGCUCCCGUGAUGAACCAGAGGGUCCUCAACGCUGUUUUACCAGACUUGCCUCUCACCAUUAUCGUGCUUAUCAUUGAGCAUAUUGCCAUUUCGAAAUCGUUUGGCCGCAUCAACAACUACAUCAUCAACCCGUCACAGGAACUCGUCGCUAUCGGCUUCAGCAACGUGUUCGGCCCGUUUCUUGGCGGCUACCCUGCCACAGGAUCCUUCUCCCGGACGGCCAUCAAAGCCAAGGCUGGCGUUCGCACGCCCUUGGCUGGCAUUUUUACCGCCGCCAUCGUCCUUCUAGCGCUCUAUGCCCUAACCUCUGUCUUCUUCUACAUCCCUUCGGCGAGCCUGGCGGCCAUGAUCAUCCACGCCGUUGGGGAUCUCAUCACCCCGCCGCGUACCGUCUAUCAGUUCUGGAUGACGUCGCCCAUCGAGGUGAUUGUGUUUUUCGCCGGCGUGUUUCUGACCAUGUUCACCAACAUCGAGAAUGGCAUCUAUCUCAACAUGGCCGCCUCUCUCGCACUCCUUCUCUUCAGGACGGCCCGGUCACCCGGGCGCUUCCUGGGCCAGGCGCAGAUUUACACAACCACCAGCACCGCGGGCGCCACACCUGAGGAGCUAGCUGCGUCAAACAGCGGCCGGGACGCCUAUCUCGACGAGCAACGCCAAGACAAUUCGAACCCCGACCUGCCGAUUCAACAGGUCCACCCCGGGGUCUUUGUAUACAGAUUUCCUGACGGCUUCAACUACACAAACUCGGCUGCGCACCUCGACUUUCUCACCAUUUACAUCUACAGCAAGACGCGCCGCACGGUGCUCGACAAUUUUGCCAAAAUUGGAGACCGUCCAUGGAACGACCCAGGGCCGCGCCGAGGCCAGAAAUUGUCGGAAGACAUGGCAUCUCGGCCGGUGCUGCGCGCCGUGAUCCUUGACUUCAGCGGGGUGAACCAUGUGGACGUGACGUCGGUACAAGCACUCAUCGAUCUCAAGAACCAGUUCGCGAAGCAUGCAGCACCGUCCCCAGUUGAGUGGCACUUUGCUGGGAUCGGCAACCGGUGGACCAAGCGCGCGCUCGUGGCCGCUGGCUUUGGCUUUGAGGACUCUAGUGCUGCCAGCGAAACAUCUCCUGGGGCAUCCGAAAUCGACAGCAAGGACCGAGAGGGCGACUCGGACGGCGGUCCCAAGACGGGCCAAACCACGCCCUCGUGGACGCCGCUAUUUAGCGUGUCGAUCAUGGAGAGACCCGAGGGUGUGCCCGUGUCGGUGCGCGGCGACGACCCCGAGGACCCGGAGAAGAGUGCUGUCAGCUCAACUCGGGGAACCUCCACUAGAGGCAGGCUGGUGCCCGUGUACGGGCUUAACAGGCCCUUCUUCCACGUGGACGUUGCCGAAGCUGUUGAGAGCGCCGUCCAAAGCAUUCAGAGCCACACGGGGCCAUAGUGGUCUUGCAUUGGUGGUGCAUUGGCUUACUCAACAUUCUUUUUUUCUCCUGUAGUGUUUGACAGCAUGGGACAGCCGCAGGCGUGCACCUGCGGGGGCCUGAAUUGGUUGCGUUUUGGAUACCUCUGUUCCUCCUUUGAACCCUAUUCUCUUGGCGGAACAUGCAUGCCAUCAACACGUAGAAUUUUGUUAGGGGUUCGUCUACAAUGAAUAAUCAGAGCAUGACAUAUCUAGCAGAUGACAUGCAAGGUCGGACGCGUCUGAUCAUAAAGGGUCUGCCAAGGCCGACGUCCAGCGGGGUCUGUUGGUUGUUUGAGUCG